CCAGUGGAACCAGUGGAACCAGUGGAACCAGUGCAGUGGAACCAGUGGAACCAGUGGAACCAGUGGAACCAGUGCAGUGGAACCAGUGGAACCAGUGGAGGUCUCGUGUGUUUCUGUGGUUGAGGACUGACCACCAGUGUGUGUGAGAGUGUUUAAGGACUGCUGAUGCAUCGUUUAAGGACUUGUGCGGCGCGGUUGCGUCCGCUCACCGCCUCGCAGGCGGCUCAGACUGUCGGCCAGCAACGGCCAAUCACAGCCGCCCCCACGGGCGGCACAAGGACGUUUCAGCCAAUCAGGUGCUACACAGCACCGGUGGCUUCUGAGCCGUUUCUGAACGGAACGAGCUCCAACUACGUAGAGGAGAUGUACCUGUCCUGGCUGGAGGACCCCAAGAGUGUUCACAAGUCGUGGGAUGUGUUUUUCCGUAACGCUAACGCCGGAGCCCCCCCCGGCGCUGCCUACCAGUCUCCUCUGGGUCUGACUGCGUCUCCUCAGCUCUCCUCGCUGGUCGGAGCUCAGCCCAACGUGGAGAAACUGGUGGAGGAUCACCUGGCUGUGCAGUCCCUGAUCAGAGCCUACCAGAUCCGAGGGCACCAUGUGGCCCAGUUGGACCCGCUCGGCAUCAUGGACGCCGAUCUGGACUCGUGUGUCCCCACGGACAUAAUCACGUCCUCCGACAAGCUGGGCUUCUACGGUCUGGAUGAGAGCGACCUGGACAAGGUGUUCCGCCUCCCCACCACCACCUUCAUCGGAGGGUCGGAGAGCGCUCUGCCCCUCAGGGAGAUCAUCCGCAGACUGGAGAUGGCGUACUGUCAGCACAUCGGGGUGGAGUUCAUGUUCAUUAACGAUCUGGAGCAGUGUCAGUGGAUCAGACAGAAGUUCGAGACUCCGGGUGUGAUGCAGUUCACUCUGGAGGAGAAGAGGACUCUGUUAGCCCGCAUGAUCCGCUCCACCAGGUUUGAGGAGUUCCUGCAGAAGAAAUGGUCUGCAGAGAAGCGUUUCGGUCUGGAGGGUUGUGAGUCUGAGGCGUGUUCUCGGCAGCAGCAGUUGAGGGAGCGGGAGAUAAAGAAGCUGACUGAGCGCGUGCAGAAGUUCCGUGAGGAGCGCGAGCGUCUCAGCGAGGAGGUGAAGCAGCUCAGAGAUCAUAACUACAGUCUGAUGGCCGACACCAACGCUCUGAGUCAGGAGAGGAGCAACGCCCUGCUGGCCAACCGGGACCUGCAGAUAGAGGUGGAGCGUCUGAAAAUGCGAGCUGAGAACCAGACCCGCCUGCUGAGGCGCCGCACCCUGAGACCCCUGCAGGAGAGCAGAAGUCUGGCUCUGCCCAUGGAGACGUUCUUCCACCCAAACAGACUGGAGGAGCAGAAAGAGGAGAAAAAAGAGGAGAAAAAAGAGGAGGAGAAAAAAGAGGAGGAGAAACAGGAGGAGAAGCAGGAGGAGAAGCAGGAGACCCAGCAGCAGCAGCAGAAGGAGAGUCAAGCUGCUCCUCAGAUGAACCUCCUCACUACGGUGUUCAGACUGAGGAGAGAACUUCACAGAGCAGAGGAGCAGAGAGCCAGGAGUCUGGAGGAGAAGGAGGAGCUGGAGCUGCGCUGUGCUCACCUGAAAGGAGACGCACGGAUGUACAGACAACGCAAUAAACAAGCUCUGAGACAGCUGGAGGAGGUGAUGAGAGAGAGAGACAAGGCUCUGGAGUGUCGGGCGGAGCAGCAGGAGGAGGCGCGGCUGCUCCUGCAGGAGAAGGAUGAGUACAGGGAGCAGGUGAGGCAGCUCACUGAGAAGUCUGAUAAACUGGAGCUGCUCCUGGUGAGGUCACAGGGGGAGGAGCUACAGCUCAGGACACGCCUCCGCAGACUCACCUGUAGGAGCCACCAGAGUGAGAGGAGCAGUGAGGAGGAAGCCACAGAGAACACUGCUAAAGGGAGCAGUGAGGAGGUGCGCAGUGUGACCUCUGGGGAGAACGAGGAGGCGACGCUGCAGCAGCCAAUAGAGAGGGAGGAGACCGCCAGCACUGGUGCAUCAUGGGAUGAGCGUCUGACGUCCAGAAAUCAUCCAAACUUCUGUUAUCGAAGGAAGCGAGCCGUCAGGUCAAAGUUCAUGUCCAGGGAGUAUGCAGCCUGUAACCUUGACGACAGCAGCGGCAGUGACAUCACAGACUCUGACUGAACGUCAUGUGACUUUAAACAAAAGUAGUAGUAGUAGUAAUAAUAGUGGUUA